AUGUGGCGUUUCCAUGCUCGGAAAUUAUUUCCAUUAAGCAUUUCGAUUCCUGAAGAAUCCAUGGUUCCGAAGUCACCGAAUUUCAAAGUGAGAUUCACCCUAGAUAUAAAGCACGGAGGGGGUCCAAAAAGCCAGUUCUACCUGAUGGACAUCGGAAGCUGUUGGAAGAACAAUGGGCAGCCUUGUGACGGGGACGUGACAACGGAUGUGAUCAGAUACAGCGAGAUGAUCAUAAACCCGAAUAUAGACUCCUGGUGCAAUCCAAACAACCUUGGGUCCUGCCCGCCUUAUCACACCCUUCCAAGUGGAGUUGGUAUCCAUAGGACAGAUAAAGAUAACUAUCCCUACGGGGCUUAUCGUAUUUAUUGCUCUCCAGGCAAUGCUGAAAGUCCUGAGGAGCCCUAUAACUUCUGUGAUUCAUAUAACAAUCCUCAACCUCAGGAAAUUCUGCAAAUUCUCCCUCACCCAGCUUGGGGACAAUACCGAUACCCAACAAAGAAGGGAGAGGGUUGGCUUGGGGAUAAAAGAACUUGGGAACUCGAUGUUGGAAGACUAUCUCAAUCACUUUAUUUCUAUCAGGAUCCUGGCACUGAACCUGUGGAGAGACAUUGGCCGUCAAUUGACCUGGGAACUGAAAUAUACAUGAGCGGUAACCAAGUUGCUGAGUGGACGGUUAGUGACUUUGACAGUAUCAUUCCAAGAGAUGAUAAUUAGCAAUGUUAUUGGCAAAUCAUCACAAGAUCAUAAUUUCCUUGCAUAUUGGAGAUGUGGGAGUUGCAACACCCAAGGCAAAUAAAAAACAGAGUUUGAGUUUUAUUUAUGGAUUUGUGAUGUAUGGAUUUCUAGGCUUGAAUCUAUAGCACUUUUGAAUUUUCUCCCUUUUUCCCCUUCUUUUUAUCCCUUUUCUUCCCGUCUUCUUCUUCCUCUUCUUGUUCUUGAUUCUACCAGCAAGUGAUUAAGGGACAUGAGAUUCUAUCAUGUGUAACUAGGGCAAA